UGAAAGACCGUAAUGAGCUGUUCCCAGUUAGGACACCCAGUAUCGAAGAUUACCAAAACGGGAAAACGCGUUGACUUUUGAACGGGAGUGUAUAACCACGGAUGGCAUUGCGCUUGUGCAAGAAGCUGCCGUUGCCCGGGAAGAGACCUCCCGGCCCAGCCUCAGUCUCCGGGAUGCUGGGGGCGGCGAUCGUGAUUCUACCCCCAUUUCAUCGUGCUCCGAUAACAUAGUCCAUCUCGCUCGGCCACUGUCCGUCUCUCGUUCCGUUCUGUUCCUCUCGAAGUUAACCCUCGUCGUUGGCGCUUACGGUGUUCGCCGUAAGGUAGACGACGAGCCUCCCUUUCUGUGAUCUCUCUUCCUCGUUCGUGGAUUCUACGUGUGCCCCUACACGCGAUUCUCCCUUUUUUUUUAUCUUCUUCUCUCGUCUCGUCUGGUCUGUCUGUCCCCCUCUCCUCGAUCGACAGCAUCCUCUUUCUCUGGCCGACUCUUCCGUCCUUCAUCCCUUCUCCGUCUCUCCGCUUCACACCCUUUUCCACCGAAGCCUGGGUGCAGUCACCGCGAGAACCUUCAGGCAACCACCUCUCCAGCAGGUGAGCUUCCUUGGUCGCGUCGUUCGGUUACGUGGUUGGCAGGUCGUUUCUGUGGGGUGUACGUCGCACUUGGCUGGGUGAUCGUGGCCCGUCCAUCGUGCCGUGCUCUCUCGUGGUCGUCAUCAGUCAUCGAAGCGAGAGUGCUCGAUCCUUAGGUUCGGUCGUGUGCACAGGAUUUUCCAAUUAGCUCGUUCGACCAAGUGCGCGAGAUCACAGACUGAGAGGAAACCUUUGGGGUGGACCGUUUCCUCUUCGCGUCUCGUCGCCUUCUUUCCCGACCGCUUAGGGCUCGCGUUCGAUCGCUGAAAAUUCGUUCGAAUUCCAGCUGAAAAUUUUUCCUACGAUUUCGACGGUGCACCGAUCGUUGCGGAGACAGUGACGACGUUAGCAGAUUUUCGGAUCCUGGCAAAAGAGCCAUAAUUACAGGAAUCUCGUUAAAAGCAUCGACCAUUCAUCCGAUCGCGUUUCGGAACGCGAGACGAGAGUAGGAGGCGGUACGGUGUUCGUUAGCAAAAAGCCCGAGGACGAGCGCGCAGGCGUGAUCCGAGGAAUCGAAUAAACAGACAGCAACAAUUCGGGGAGAGAGUUUUUGACUCGCGCCUGCUGCCCUCCUUUUCGGAAACGGUGUCUCCGAAACCGUCCUCCGAGCUGGUCGUCUCGAGCGUUGCUCCUCGAUCCAGUUUCCGCUGCGAUCGAUCCAUUCUACUCACACUCUUGCGGUGACAGAUUUCCGACACGAAAUCCGCCGACUCAACGUUGAUCCUUCUUUCUCCUUGUACGAAGCGUGCCAAAGUUUCGUCGAAGCUACUCGUGAAAAUCGUUACUCGGAGCGUGACGUUGAGCGAUGAAAACGUAGCGAAUCUUCCCUCGAUAUUUUUUCAUAAAUUACGAGUCGAAUUUCUGCACCAGACGUUCGCCAAAAUGGCGGCCGUGGCGUAAUCGAGGUUCGAGCACCCGCGUUCGGUUCGCGUAGUGGCGGGCUUAUUCGGUGAUUUUCCAGCCGUAUCUUUUGCCGAUCGUUAGGGCCCGUUACGAAGGGAGAAGGAAACCGCGAUGGUGGGUGGUGGUGAUUGCAAGGUCGCCACCGUGGAGGUGGAGGCAGCCGCAGCGGACAACACGGCGACUCUUCCGGUGACCAGACCUCUGAAUCCUCAGAACUCGUCGCAGAACGCGCAGGACAACGCCGAGAAGAACAACGCGGCGAACAAAGAGAUGGAGCUGAAGAACGUGCGCUCUACGCCAGCGAAAAAGACGUCGUUGUUCAUUAUUAUGAGCUUCAUCUAUGCGAAGCUGUUGGUGGUGGUGUGCAUCGCUUACGUGAUUAGCGAGGUGGUCACGCACAAACUGCCACUCUACUAUUACGAAGGUUUCUUCACGUAUUUGUACGGGGUUAGCAUCUUGUUCCUGUUGUACGUGUUCUGCUUCCUGUUGCAAGAAAGCGCGUGUUGCGCAAGGGGCAGCGAUUCACCGCCGCCUCCUCCGAGACCACCCAAACCUCCCAAAGAACCCAAGGACAAGAACAAGAAGAAGGACAAGAAGGACAAAGAACAAAAGGCGGCAAAGGCCAAGAAAGAGUACCAGGAUGCGGCGGACGUCGAGGCUGGUGUGGCCACUCGAGCUUUGCGGAAACGGAAGACGUCGCAAAACGAUCAGAGCCACGGAAGCUUCUUCCUCAGAAUUGGAGCAAUAGCGUUCGGUUUGGGGACAAUGGUGUACAAUGGUCUGGAAUUCGGUACCUUCUUCGAGGUACCACCUACGUCACCCUGCUACCAGAUCCUCCAGGGAGUCAAUCCGGUUUUGCAAAUGAUCUUCACAUUCAUGCAGAUGUAUUUCAUUUUCAUGAACUCCAGGCUGAACAUUCAUCGCUUCAAAGUAAUAGCACGUUUUGGGUUGAUGCAUGUGGUCGCCACCAAUCUCUGCGUUUGGAUUCGUACUCUCGUGUUGGAGAGCAUUAAGGAGAUCACUAAGCAUCAUCAGAAAAUGGGCCAGUUCGAGGCCGGAAUUCUUGAGAGUAUCAAGCAACACUCGAUGCGAAAUGCGGGCGCCAUCUUGGGAACAGCGCCUCGUGACGUGGCUUUGUUACGCGAGGCGCCAUUAACCGCCACGAGGUCAUCGACCGUAACAACGUCCAUCGCCAGCACGACUAUCGCUUCGUUUGGUCGUGUAAUGAGAACGACAGCAAGGGCAAUUGCCAGGGCUGUUACAACACCCAGCACUACCACCACGACCGACUGGAAUCCUCUAACCUCGACAACCAACUCCACCUCAGCACCCUUGCCUAAUUUAACUGCGACCACUGUCAACACGUUGUCCACUUUGUUGACCACGUUGACACCGAAAGCUACCACCGAACAGACCACUCCGAGUACGACUACUACCACCACCAUCACCACACCCACCACCAGCACCACUACCACGCCUUCAACAACGUUCUCGUCGUACUACAUCGAAAUGUUCGAGGCACCGCAGGCUGAUAGCAAAGAAGAGAUACACCAGAUCUUCGACGUGAAUAAUCAAACAAACAGCAGUGAAUACUGGAGCCCGAACUUCGGAAUCUACGCGGAGGCAUUAACGGACGAGGAAAUGGCGUCGAAUUCAUGCGGUCGCGUUAACAUUAUGGGAACCAUCGUGCAGGAUGCUGAACCGUACCUGUUCCCCUUCAUCAUCGAGUACAGUCUGAUCGGUGCCGCAGUAAUUUACGUAAUGUGGAAGCACAUUGGACGACAUCCCCGUUGGCCACAUCAGGUGGAGGCCGAUUUGGAACGUCGCCUGGAGGCCAUGUUGUCUCGAAGGGCUGUCGCUUUGGCUCACGCAGGUCACACAAGGGUGGACUGUGUAGGAGCGAGCAAAGGACUGUUCUUCGGCCUGCUGUUGCUGGUUGGCUCACUGAUCUGCCUGAUCCUCUUCUUCGUGCUGAUCCAUCACCCAGACUUCGGUUUGAUCGCGAUUUACCUGGCCGACGUGUCGCAUUGCGUGCUGAUGGUGCUGUCGAUCGUCGCCAUAAUCGUCGGGUUCAUCCGCGUGCAGAGUCUCAAGUUCAAAGCCGAGGAGCAGAGCGACCUGAACGACAUUCUGCUUCGCGUGUCGGGCUUCGGGCUGUUCGUUUACGCGGUGUUCAGCGUGAUCGCCGGCUCGUUGGCAGCGUUCACACACGAGCCGAAUCUCCUGGUGAUGUUGACCGGUCUCCUAUCGGUCGCCCAGGUGAUCCUUCAGAUGCUGUUCAUCGCGGACGUGUCUCGCAGGAGGGUCCACUUGCCGGAGCACGAUCGCAGCAAGCCAGGUCGACAGGUGGUCACGUUCCUGUUGAUCUGCAACCUGACCAUGUGGGUGAUCUACACGUUCGAGUCGCAGAAAGUGAUGGCCAACCCGGUGCAGCUCGACUUCUACGGGUUCCUCGCCUGGGCCAUCGUCCAGAGGGUCACUCUGCCUCUGUGCAUCUUCCACAGGUUCCACAGCGCGGUCACGUUCGCGGAGAUCUGGAAGACCAGCUACAAGGCACGCCUCGAGUAGACGAAGACACCGUUCGUCGAGAUCAAUGGCCCGGAGUGAUCGUCGUUUGCGGGCAAGGAUCGAAUGAAUUUUUGGCGGGAAGAAGAUAAACUGGGGUCGCCUCUCGACGACUCGAACAUUCCUGGCUGCACGGUCGACCUUCGUCGAAACGAUCCCGUUGAGAAAGAGAAAAGAGAAUGGCAGCAGGUAAGAGGAGCUUCGAGGCUUCCACGAAUCGUGGCUCGAAGCUGUUCGGACAUAUCUUGGGACGUUCGUGGAUCGUGGAAGAAAUCAGAGCAGCCUUUUCGAAAACGCACGUUGAGUUCAGGAUCGACAACGAAGUUGCUUGUACGAUCCUCGUCGAGGAACUGGAACGACGACGAGUCAAGGGAUAAGAGUAUGAAGGCGAUGCAAGGCGUCGAUGCUGCGUCCUCCCGAGUCGAGAAGCACCGCGGAGGAUCGCUCAUCGUUUUAUUUUUUUACGCGCGUUAUAAUUUUGUUCUCGGUUCUCUUAGCUUGACAGAGCGGCUUGACACGUUGUUUCCUUGGUCGUAAAUGUGAGACAAGAUAGCACGAAUCAGGGGACAAAUUACGGGAAUAUUAAAACGAAUUCGUUCGAUAAAGUUAAAUCUAGAAGAGAACACGAAAAAAAAUAAACAACAGGGCCAAUUUCCUUUCACCGCGUUUCUCACCAUCUACGAUCUCUAUAAUAACUGCCGUCAAAUUUUCUACUUUUAUAAUGUUAUACAUUGUACCUUCGCCCCAUCGUGCAUCGAGAACAUCGCUGAAUAUCGAUUCGCUCUUCGAGUUUGUCGGGACGAUUUCUCGACCACCUCCCUCCAAAAACCUGAACGAUCUCCGAUCGUUGGACCAACGCGAGAAAUCCAUCGUAAUCAUCUAAUCGAGCGUUCCGAAACAGACCAAGAGCGAACCAGCUUCUUCAUCUCAUUGACGAACGAGUAUCUACUUCGUUAGCAUGAUUUGCGAUAGCUUUAUAAACGGAACCGUAGUCUCUUUGUCGCGAUGGUAAAACAAGAGGCUCGAUGCAAGAACAGGGUGGUAGUUUCGUUUCAAGUUGAAUUCAAGCAAAGUCAGAAGUAUACCGGUUUCAGUCUCGCGAGUACAGUCGCGUGCAACGAUGCUUUCGACGAGAAUGCUAACCUUCGCACUGUUCGUCUUAAUUGCACGAUUUUUGACUAUGUAUGUUUGUAACAGCAAUUGCAAACUUCUUGUACAUUUUAUAUACGAAACCAUAAGGAGACGAUGAAUUCGAAUCUCGAAUUCAAAUAACUUGAUGUACUAGUCCCUUGAUAGUCCUUUAACUUUGUGAUCCUUCGUACCGAAUAUGAAAGUAAGAAGCGUUAUAAGAUUCUAAAUCUUAAACAAAACCUGUCUAUUCUGAAAUAUAUACUCUCUGAUCUAACUGUGAUUGUGAUUGCAUUUAAGACACGAGUCUAAUAAGUAGCUUUAUUGAAUCUAGUUACGUGUUCCGAAGGAACAUUCUCCUUCAUUUAAUCAUAAUUUCCCCUUUGUCGAGGAGAUCGUUGCACGCGAGUGUACAAAGACUCGGAAGAAAACGGAAAGGGAGAGGAAACGCGCCAAAUAUGUAUAUUCCAACGUUCAUUCUCGUUGCGUGCAAAGUACAAAGAUUGUUUCUAACUUUUUAGAAUCGUUUAUCGAUACACACCCUUUCGACGUUCGUGAUACGACGUUGAGAAAUAUGCGAGUCGCUGACGUGUUGAGUCGAGUGUAUAAACGGGGACAGAUGAAUAAAAGAAAAGGAAGAAAAAAAAUAGAAGAGCAGCGAUGAUUGUGUGUAUAAAAGAGUAGAGAGCGAUGUUCUUUUUUCUUCCUUUUAUUCGUUCGUUUUUUCGUUCGUAACAUCGAACAUCCGAGAUAUCGAUCGAAGGAUGUUCGCCCCAACGGCGGAGAGGAGACAAUUGACGAACCACGAAUGUAGAUUUUAAUCGCGAGGCUAAGGGAUUUAAAAGAGUAACGAGAUAUUGUAGACGACGUUGUUUUAAGACGGAUGCAUAAAGAUGAUUAUAAAGAAGACGAAAUUAUAGUUGGUAUACAGGUAGAGAAUCUCAUACACACACGUACACUCACGCUCAUUCACACGUACCCUCGAAUCACACGAAAGAUUAUUAUUACCAUUGUCGGUUAGCUAAGUUUCAAACAUCUCGAACAUCGACCGAGAACAGAUUCUUUCGCCGUCUUAACGCUCUCGUCGCCGACGACGCACACGUUGCGUCCCGCCAGUUGUUUCGAUAAUACUGCCGACGCACCGUUUGCGUCACGAGCAAAUAAAGAUGUAAAGACAGAAACAUAAUUACACGAGAAACAGCCAGCAACGAAAGCGUUAAUGGAUAUCGUACAUCGUAGAGUCGAGAAUACAGAAAACAAGGGAACGUUUGUAUAGCGAUUAUACUUUGAGAAAUCCAUUCCACGGAUCUCGUGGGACCGAAAUCCACACACGUUUACCCGGUCGAAGUUACGUACCUAGCUAUCCGAGUCUAAAUAUUUUAAUUCUUAGACAUAUGUAUAAUUGAGAGAGCGAGAGGAACGAGAGAAUGGAAGUUGUGAAACUAAUUAUACAUAAAGAUUAAUUAUAUUAGGUAUAUGCAAAAGUGUUAAUCCUUUUUUCGACGUAUCAACCUCAAGUAUAUUUGAAAAUUUUAUUGUCAAAUGUUAGGACGAAUACUUUUGUACCAUGAAUUCUCGGUUAAUUUUUUGAAAAUGAUUUGCAAAAGAAGAUUGAAACUUUUGCAUGCCCCUAAUACGUAACUGUACUCCAAGACGACAUUAUUAAAAAGUAACAUGAUAUAAAUAUGACAAAAAAAUUAAGAAGUAUAUAUAUAUUAUAUAUAUAGAUAGAUAUAUAUAUAUAAAAAUGCGAUUAUGGAGAUCUUUUAUUGACUUCGAUGUGCACGAUUGUAAGCCAGAGUGCUUCGUGCAAACAUGUAAAUAAACGAUGCACAGUAAAUUAUUGUUCAGCAGAGUGUCUGUGAAACGAAAAGCAAUUACGUUCGUGAGUUUUGUUCUGAGGGGGUGCGAGAGGGGGUGCGUUUCCUCGAAAUUGUGAUUCGUUCUCGAAAAGACAUUCAACCUGAAAGUAAUAUCGAUACGGUUGCGGUUGACAAAGUGAUAAAAUAUCGAAACUGCAUCGAUUCGCGCUCCUUCGGCAUAGAACCCCCUUUCGACCGAAACCCAUAAACAGAACCGUAAUACGUCAGCUGAUUUCGAUAGAAAAAACCAGAAGGGCAAGCGUUCUUUCCUCCGAGUCUCUUUCCACGCUCUGCGUGUGCCAGACAGAAAAAGAGCCUAAAGGGGAACAACACGGACAGAGAAUUAGUUUAACGACACACUGCCACCACACAGGACCAACAUACGGAAGAGGAAACGAGAUGAGAAGGAAGCGAGGACGAAGCACGCGCAAAUACAGAGGGAACCAAAUAACCCUGCCGAUUUCCGGAAUAAAAGUGCGGGAUGUGGUUGCGACAACUUUGUAUUUUAUUGAAUGCUUAACUGACAGAGUAGUUUCACCCAUAAUCUAAAAUACAUUUACAAAUCCCAGGAGACUCGUGAAAGAAAAGUUGAGCAUAUAUUUUUCAUUCAGUUUGAUAUAAAUUGGUGUAAUCGCAGCCACAUCCUGCACGAGAAGCCAAUACCCUUCCACGUUUAUCGAGAACGCGUGUGCAUGUGUGCGUGCCUGUGCGAGAGACUGAGGAACGAUGCGUGUGCGACAAUGUUUUUAUUCGGCAAACAACGUCUUUGUAUACUCUAGCCGUGUUCUAGAGAACAGGUGAAUCAUGGUUCUUGUAUAUGUACAUCAGUAUCUCGAUAGUAGCCGUAAGCCUAACCGAGUCGCGGAUUUGCUACCGAACCGACUAUGCGACUGCUGACGCGUUUCGGUGUCGAGGAGAUUAACGGAAGAAUAAAAUAAUUGGGUUAGUUCGUGAAACAAGAAUGCACCGAGCAAAUCCGCGACCCGUCGUCAUUUAACAUUACGUAGUGAGUUUUCGAUGUCUUCGAGCAUAAUUACAGUUUGUACACAUACACAAUAACAAACCGCGCACAACAACCGACAUUAUCACGACUCUAUCAGAGACACAAUAAAUAUACGAAGGAUAGCGAUCGAAUGGAUGAUGGAACUUCAUUGGAAGAGCUUUCGAACAGGCGCAGGAUUCACAGGAAAAAAGGAUAUAAAACUCUACAAAUUACAUGUUGUCGUGUAAGCUGUUCUUUGAAGUCGAAUAGCGACGAUUACGACCGUUAACACUCGUAUGAAAAAAAAAUUCGCUCAUUCAUCAAUUCCCAUUUUUUGAUUGUAUAACGUUAACACGCCGUUUCAUUGUAAUCCGUUGGGGCGGCACUCACUCUGUGCCGCCGUCAUUUGUAACAAUAUACGAUUAUAUUGGUUAAUAAAAGUUAUCUAGAUGUAAA